AUUAAAAAAUGGCAAAGCAAAAGAACGAGAAGAAGAGCAAAUCCGCCAUCAAUGAGGUGGUCAGCAGGGACUACACGGUGAAUCUUCACAAGAGGCUGCACGGGAUUGGCUUCAAAAAGAGGGCCCCCAGAGCAAUCAAGGAAAUCCGCAAGUUCGCUCUAAAACAAAUGGGAACCCCUGAUGUGAGGAUCGACACCAGGCUCAAUAAGCAACUUUGGUCUAAGGGCAUCAGGAAUGUUCCUUUCCGAGUUCGUGUGCGACUUUCCCGCCGAAGAAAUGACGAUGAGGAUUCCGUAAAUAAACUGUACACUUUAGUAACUUAUGUUCCAGUUGCUAAUUUCAAAGGUUUGCAGACUGAAAAUGUAGAUCCCAACCAGGAAUAAACGUGGUUUUGAAAGCUGA